UGAUUGGCGUUAUUCUCCGCCAAUCGUCGCUCGGGAUCCGCCCUUGCUGUGCAACAUCCUCCUCCCUAACUGGCAGCCAUAGCAGCCAAUAAGGAUCCACGGUUAUGGUUAGGGAGGCCAAUCAGUGCGCUGGAGGGCGGGACCGCUGGACGGAAGCGGGGUUGGGCAGGGGUCACCUCCGGGCCGGGAAGAUGGCCCAGAGGCUGGCGCUGCGGCGGCUGCUGGCCCUGGGACGCAGGCCGCUGCCCCUCGGGUCCAGGCAGUUGGUCCCGCAGGGCUUAUCCAGCCGGGCCUUCGGCGGCUCGGCGAUCCGCUGCAGCGCGUUCAACGUGCAGGACGGAGGUGACUUCCAGGAGCGGGUGGUGAACAGCCCUAAGCCCGUGGUGGUGGAUUUCCACGCGCAGUGGUGUGGUCCCUGCAAGAUCCUAGGCCCCCGGUUAGAGAAGAUGGUGGCCAAGCAGGAGGGGAAGGUGGUGAUGGCCAAAGUGGACAUCGAUGAUCACACAGACCUUGCGAUUGAGUACGAGGUGUCGGCAGUGCCAACAGUGCUGGCGAUGAAGAAUGGAGAUGUUGUGGAUAAGUUUGUGGGGAUAAAGGACGAGGAUCAGCUGGAAGCAUUCCUCAAGAAACUCAUUGGAGCCUGAAGUUAAAGGGUGGCUGUACCUCUGCCUCUGGAUAUGUCCAUGUUGUGUGUUCCUUGUCUAGGAGAGUUGAGGAGCACGCGGGCUGCCUGCCUCGUACAGCCUGGGGUUUUCUUCUGUUUGGGGUUUUUAGGAGAUGGACAAUAUUGUAAUCCUUCCUUCCUGCUCCCCUCUUCUCUUGAGCAGCAGUAGUUGUAAAGGGUGCUGAGGAGCAGGGCUGCUCAUCCUCAAAAUGAGGAAUGCAGCUGGGAUUAGGAGCCCAUGUUCAUCAGCAAAUUGCUGAUGUGUGGAACUUCUGCUGAGCUAAGAGGAGGAAUAUUUUUCUUUUGUCUAGCAUCUGACAGUCCAGUGCAGAGGGCAGCUGUUUCUCUGCAUGGAGCAGCUCCUCCACAACAUGUGGAGGCUUAUCUGCUCUGGGUGGGUUUGUUUAAAGAUGAGAAUGCCUCUGCCUUGUCUGUGGAAACUGUCUUGAUCCCUCUGUUUGGAUGUCCCCAGGACAGGUACAAAUCCUCUGCAAACCCACAGGCUCCCGUCAUAAUUUUAUAAGAGCAAAUAGAAGUAUUUUAUGGAUCUCCUUUUGUAGGUCUGUAAUAAAGAGAACUUUAUCAUCACA